AUGGCUUCCCAAGAAGAUACGUGGUCCGUCACCGCUACCCACGGCUCAGCACAAAGCGUCGUUUCCGGAGCACGUCGCCUGAUCGAGGAUGACAAUGUCGGUAAACUCGAUGCGGAGAGGCCGCACCAACGAGCUCAGAGUUUUGUUAGCGGCAAGAAGCUUGAAGUUGGACUUCGAAAUCCUCCGACUGUUGAAGAUGCUGUUACUAAAGCAGCUUUGAUUCUUCAAGAGUUCGACAGAAUAUUUGGUGGCAAUCAAAUAGAGAAGGAUGCAGGCACAGCAUCACCCGGGCGAAUUUGA